ACGGUAGCCUAUUCAGAACAGAACUAUAACGAAAAAUAAAAGAACAUGUCGCCUACCUCUCCAUUUCGGCACAAAUCCAAAUGUUUCCAUAUUCGUGAUUUGAAUGCUAAACUAUUAUUUAUUAUGUAAAUUAUAGGCUUUGUACUUCGCUCGCGUUCCAACAAUACAUCCUUCACAUGUGCUAUUUAAGUGAGUCGAUCAGGUGAGUUACCGAGCAAGCUUUGUUACAUCAAAAAAGCGAAACAUAUGGAGCUGGUUAAGCAAUGCAUAGUCCAAAAUAUAUUCGUUUACAAAUCGUGCACUUUGGUAAAAAAGCGUUUUGAAGUCAUAACAUAAUAUUGUGCAAGGAGACGUGAAAACGAGUCUUUAUUAAUGCAUAAUCUGACCCUGUGAUCGUAACCGUGUAUGAAAACAAUUAAAAGUUCAUUUCUGUUGGAAACUGCAGUGAUAUGUACGUAUUGGCACGUAUUUUGACGACUCGCUAAAAUGUUCCAACAGGUACGUCUUUCCUAUGAGACUAGAUUGCAACCGCUGUUUUCUUAGGGUCUGUUUCCAUGGUGAAUCAUCGAUUGAGAAUUGAGAAUGUCUUGUGUGUUAACCGGGAACAUACUCUGCGUUGGCUGAACUUACUCCUGGAUGAGUUUUUGGAAUCAGCAUACCUCAAGUAAGCAAGGUUUGGGUUAAUCAACCGAGAAUUCAGGGUAUAUGUGACGUUAAGAUAACCUUGCUUUCUGGAAUACCCCCCUGGGCCAUUUGGGGGUUUUCAGUUAUUAUAGUGAUUUUAAAAGGAACAAAACAACUGUGAUAAUGUCUCCAUGUGACCUCUAUCCAUUUAUUUAUUUUUACUUUUUAAGGGUUAUUUCCAAAUAUAUGCCAAUAUUUAACUAUUUGUCACAGACACGCCAGGCUCUACACUCUCCCAAUCACAACGUACUCCCCCUCCUGAGUAUUAACAAGCCACACCUGACACUCAUUAGCACUCAUCACCACCGCAGCAUAUAAGACACUUCAGAGCAUUCAGGCACUGUCCGGUCUCAUUAACGCAUACCUACCUGUUAUGCUUACCUCAAGGACUCUGCUAACCUCUACUUACCUGUAAAAAUGCUUCAUAAAAUACUGACCUAUGGAGAUUUAAAUGAAACGAUUCCAGACCUUCAGCAUCAGUAAGUGACAAUUAAACAUGUCAAAUAAGGCAAUUAUUUGAUCUUUUCAAGUAAUUAUAGCUGUCUAACACAAAUCAGAUGACUUUCUGUGUCUUGUCCUGCAGACGUGAAGAAUGAUGGAGUCUGUUUUAUGUGAAAAUCUUCUGGAUGCUCUGGAUGAGCUAGAAAAAGAUAAACUGAAGCGGUUUAAAUGGCACUUAGAGAAACAUUACUGUAUUAAAAAGACUGAUCUGGAGAAGGCAGACACUCUUGACACAGUGGACCUGAUCAUGAGGUGUUUUGGACCAGAAAGAGCUGUGAAGAUCACGGUGGACAUCCUGAGAAAGAUGAACCAAAACCAUCUGGCUGAUAAGUUGGAGAAGAAACACAAGCAAGGAACUGAUCCCAGGACCAGGAAUGACUUCCUACAAUAUUCCCAUCGGAUCACUGCGGAUCUGAACACAGUGAAUAAACUCCUCCGUCUGUCUGAGAGGAACACACUGAUUACUGUCACUGACACACCACAGUCAUAUCCUGAUCAUCCAGACAGAUUUGAUGGGUAUUGUCAGGUGAUGUGUAGAGAGAGUGUGAGUGAUCGACACUGUUACUGGGAGAUUGAGUGGAGUGGAGAUAUUGUGUGUAUAUCAGUGUCAUAUAAGAGCAUCAGCAGGAAGGGACGGGGUGAUGAGUGUUUGUUUGGAUCUAAUGAUCAGUCCUGGAGUUUGAGAUGCUCUCCUGACAGUUACUCAUUCAGACACAAUGAGAUACACACUGAUCUCCCUGUAGAGUCCAUCAUCAGCAGAACAGUGAAUGAGAAGAAUUACUAUAGAACAGGAGUGUAUGUGGAUCACAGUGCAGGAACUCUGUCCUUCUACAGCGUCUCUGGAGACACAAUGAUCCUCAUCCACACAGUCCAGACCACAUUCACUCAACCGCUCUAUCCUGGGUUUAAUGUUUGGUCUGGAUCAUCAGUGAAACUGUUCUAG